AUGGAGACCAAGAUUGGUGGAGCUUGUGCAAAGGAUAUAACGGACAAACUUCUGUUUGAUGAUGCCAUUCACACUGAAACAAUUGGGUUCACAGGUGGUCUAUGGUUGCUUUGGAAUUCUGAUAUUGUGGAGGUGGUGCAACUGGCUAUUACAGAGCAAGAAAUUCACGUGGAAGUGAAGGUACUUGCUACUAACCUUUCUUGGAUUUUCUCUGCUGUUUAUGCUAGUCCUAGGAAUGUAGAAAGAUGUAUUUUGUGGGAAAAUUUAAUUAAAGUUGCUGAUCUACAUAAUAAACCUUGGGUGAUAGCCGGGGAUUUUAAUGAACCCCUGUUGAAUGAGGAUAAGUUUGGUGGAAGACCUGUCAGUUUGUCUAGAUCACUCUUAUUUAAAGAUUGCUUAGAUAAGUGCAAUAUGGUGGAUUUGGGUUUUUCAGGACCUUGGUAUACGUGGACUAACAGGAGGGAGAUUAAUAAUCUCAUUCAAGAGAGAAUAGAUAGGUUCUUCAUGAAUCCUAGCUGGUGCCUAUUAUUUCCGGAUGCUAGAGUCUCCCAUCUCACUCGAUGCCACUCGGACCAUUGCCCGGUGUUGCUGGAGACUGUUCCUAGGCAAACCACCUUUCUUAAAAGACCCUUCAGAUUUCAGAGUUUUUGGCUAUCCGACCCUUCUUUCCCCCAAAUCGUGACUAAGGCUUGGAAUCGGGAUGGGAACCUUUCAACUUCUAUAGAAAAAUUCACCAAUGAAGCAACUCGUUGGAACAAAAUUCAGUUCGGGAAUAUUUUUGGGAAGAAAAAGAGAUUAAUGGCUAGACUUAACGAAAUUCAGCGAGUGUUAGCCACAAAUCCCUCUGCCUCCCUUUUAGACCUAGAGAAUCAGCUGCAAAAAGAUUUGGAUUUAAUCUUGAAUCAAGAGGCGGAGUUGUGGGCUUUAAAAUCAAGAAUUAAUUGGAUGGUAGUGGGUGACCAAAAUACAUCCUUUUACCACGUUUCUGCGCUUGCAAGAAGGAAAAGGAACACAAUCUCUAUGGUUAAAAGUGAGGUAGGGGACUGGUUAUCAGAGGAAAGUGAAGUCAUGACUCAUUUUAGAGAGGGGUUUAUCAGGUUGUAUUCCACCAGCCAAGUCAAGGCUGGUUGGAGUCAUAAUCUCUGA